AUGGCUUCGUCAAGCAGAGAUGCAGAGGAGUUGGAGGUUCGUUGGGAUGAUUUGCAGAUCGAUGAGGAAGAAGGAGGAGUAUUAUUUGAUAAUCCUUCUGAGUUGGAGGAUGAGGUUGAUGCAAGAUGGUGUCUGGUGGGGAGAUUGCUCACGAAUCGUGUGUCCGAUUUUGAUACAGUUCGAAAUGUCAUGGCUUCACUCUGGCGUCCAGUAAAAGGCAUGUUUGUUAAAGAAUUAGAGUUUAAUCGUUUUCUUUUUCAAUUCUUUCAUGAACUGGAUAUUAAUAGGGUGCUUGAAGGUACACCAUGGACGUUUAAUAAAAUACCUUUGAUUGUUCAAAGAUUGAAAUUAGGAGAAAAUCCUAGGUUGGUACCCCUGAACACUAUGGAAAUUUGGGUACAAGUUUAUGAUCUCAGAGUGGGUUUUCAGUCAGACCGAGUGCUUAGGGCCUGUGGUACUUACAUUGGACAGUUUGUUUCAUCUUGUCCCAAGAAUUAUGCGGGUAUUUGGAGGGAGUACUUGAGAGUCCGGGUAUUGAUCAAUAUUGAAAAACCAUUGAAGAGAAGAAUGAAGAUUUACUACACCAAGGAAGACUAUUUCUGGGCAAAUUUCAAAUAUGAGAGGGUGCCCACUUUUUGUUUCAUUUGUGGUAUACUCGGGCAUAAUGAAAGGUUUUGUCCCCGAGUCUUUGAUGGACCAAUAGAAAAGGUUGUUAAGCCAUAUGGUUUAUUCAUGAAAGCUCCAGAUCGGCGUUCUCAAAAACAGAUUGGUGCGAGAUGGCUCCGUGACAAUAUGGCAAGACCUUUACAACCAAAUGCCGGCGUUCCAAGAAGCAGUGGUUCUCCGGUGACAGCUACCAGUGUUGGUUCCAGGAGGGGGGCAGAUCCGAGAAAUCGGGGUGAUGACAGAGAGGAUAUGGAGGUUAAUGAGGAUGUUGAGGGAGAGAUUGUAGGAGAGAAUCAUGGGAUUGUGGGCGCAGUUCAAGGAGGAAAGAUUGGUGCCGUUAAUGGUGGGAUAUCAAUCAAUGGGGAAGCGGGAAAGGAAAGUUGUUUUGAAAAGGGCGGGUUUAUUUUCACGGAUCCAAAAAGAAGAAGAGUUGAAGAUAAUGUUGAGUUGGGCAAGGAUACUGUUCAAGUCUUAGGGCCGGCCCAAUAUUUGGUGGGUAAUGGGAGUGGUGAAGAGGGUAUGGCCAAGGCCCAUGUGGCUGAAACUGAAAUGGGCUUUAUUGAAAAUGUUAAUGAGGGGGGGAAUGGAGGAUAG